ACUCGCGGACUAGUAAAUACCGUCAAUGGUAUUGAGAUGUGUCAGCGGGGCAAGGCGUUGUUUUAAUUUAUUUUUCGUUUAAAAAUAUGUCGGAGGUCGUUUAAAAUAAAAUAAUCUUCGCUCCGGCCGAUCGUUUCGUCGAUCCGGUGAAAAUGUCGGUCAAUACGAGCACGGAAAAGCUUCCCACCUGCGUUCAGAAUUACGACGGCUCCAGCAACAUGUGCCUGGAAUUGGCCCUGGAAGGGGAGCGGCUGUGCAAGGCCGGCGAUUGCCGGGCGGGGGUGGCUUUUUUCCAAGCUGCCAUUCAAGCGGGCACCGAUGAUUUAAGGACGCUCAGCGCGAUAUACAGUCAACUGGGGAACGCCUAUUUCUAUUUGGGUGACUAUCAGAAGGCCAUGCAGUACCACAAGCACGAUUUGACGCUCGCGCGGACAAUGGGGGAUAAAUUGGGCGAAGCCAAGUCCUCGGGUAACUUGGGCAACACUCUGAAAGUGAUGGGGCGAUUCGACGAAGCUGUGGUGUGCUGUAAGCGGCAUCUAGAGCUUUCCCAGGAGCUGGAGGAUAAAUUGAGCGAGGGACGAGCGUUGUAUAACCUGGGUAACGUUUACCACGCCAAGGGGAAACAUCUAGGCCGUGUGGGGCAGAGAGAUCCCGGGGAAUUCUCGGACGAAGUGAAACAAUGCCUGCAACAGGCCGUUUUAUAUUACCAGGAGAAUCUCGGAUUGAUGAAGGAAAUCGGCGACGUGGCGGCACAGGGACGGGCUUGCGGCAACUUGGGCAACACGCAUUAUUUACUUGGCGAUUUCCCGCAAGCGAUCCACUAUCACGAAGAACGGUUGGCAAUCGCAAGACAAUUCGGCGACAAGGCGGCGGAGAGGCGUGCCCACAGCAAUCUCGGCAACUCUCACAUCUUUAUGGGCCAGUUCGAAGAGGCGGCCCACCAUUACAAGCGCACGCUCGCCCUCGCGCAGGAGCUCGGCGAUCAGGCGGUCGAGGCGCAGGCGUGCUACAGCCUCGGCAACACCUACACCCUCUUGCGAGACUACGAGACCGCGAUCGAGUACCACUUGCGGCACCUGCUGAUCGCGCAGGCCCUCGACGACCGGGUGGGCGAGGCGCGCGCUUGUUGGUCCCUCGGCAACGCGAACGCAUCGCUCGGCUACCACGAGAAGGCGCUCGCGUUCGCUCGUAAACACUUGGACAUUAGCCGGGAGUUGGGAGACCCGAUGGGCGAGGCCACCGCCCAAAUGAACGUCGCCGACCUGAAGCGGAUCCUCGACAUCCCCGAGAGCCCGGCCGAGGAGUCGGCCACGUCUCUCCGACAGCAGGAGCCCGCGAUUCAAAUGCACAGGGUGAGGCGCGAAAGCAUGGAACAGCUUAGUCUUAUUAAGCUGACGCCCGACGGCAAGAAGACGGUGAGAUCGGCGGCCCCGGAAGACGAGGACUCCUUCUUCGACUUGCUGUCACGGUUCCAAUCGAAACGUAUGGACGACCAGCGUUGUUCGCUAGCCGCUUCCGCCGACGACAAGGAGAACGCGGACGUGGGGAACGUGCAGCCGCGCGGCGGCGACGGCGCCGACGACCUGCUGGAUAUGAUCGCCGGCAUGCAAAGCAAACGGAUGGACGAGCAGCGGGUCGCAUUCCCCAACCUUCCCGGCCUGCAGUCACGGUUGCCGAAGAUGGCGUGCGUGCCCGACGAUACCUUCCUCGACCAGUUGGCGCGGUGCCAGGCCUCGCGUCUCGAGGACCAGCGGUCGCCGCUGCCGGCCGUCGACGCUGAAAGCGACGUGCCGCCGCCGCCGGGCGCGGCGAAUCGGAGCGGCGCCACCGUCCCCGAUGAGGACUUCUUCGCUCUGAUCAUGCGCUUUCAGUCGGGCAGGAUGGAGGACCAGCGGGCCGCCGUGCCGCGCAUCGAGAACAGGGUGGCGAACGGCGCGAUUCCGCAUCAGCCCGAGACCGUCGCCGGACCGAAAGGAUCGAAAAAAAGGAAGUAGACGGGAUAAGGAGCUUGUCGGGGCGCGCCCUUUGUAACAAAGCGUAGUACCUGUCGCCAGCUU